AUGCCGCUACCUAUCUCUGCUACUGAGGCUUCGCACCGGAUUCAAGAGGAACUUGAUCUGGAGAGCGAGGAGGACAACCACUCCUCGGAUGAAAGUGGUGAAGACACUGAGGAUGAACGCAUCCACUUUGAGCUUCGUUUUGACCCCGCUGAAGAUAUUUGUAUUGAAAACUUGGAGAACAUUGCACCCGCACCGCCAAGGAAAAGAGCACGAUGUCAGCCCAAACAGGAUGCGUGGUCAUGGAAGACAGAAAAUGAUGACGAUGCCACUCCAUCAACACUGCCGUUUCUUCCUGCAAGGGAGCCUGGUGUGCAGCUGAGUGCAGCAGACAACCACACUCCUCUGGACCUCUUCAAGUUGUUCUUUUCAGAGGAUGCUGUGGAAACCCUCUGCCAAAACACCAACAAGCAAGCUGCUGGGAACAUAGCCAGAGGUGCAACGUACAGAUGGGUGGAUGUUGGAGUUGCUGAAUUCUACAAAUACAUUGGACUGUUAUUCUACAUGGGCAUGAUCAAGCUGCGUGACAUUAAUGACAACUGGAAGAAUACCAUCUUCUCACUCCCUUUCCCGGCAGAGUUGAUGGCAAGAGACAGAUACAGAACAAUAUCCUGGAAUGUGCACAUGAGCGACCCAGAUGAGGAGAGAGUGAAUGAUGCCCAGACUGGAACCUCAGCACACGACGGACUGUUCCGGCUCAAACCCCUCAUGAACACCAUCCAGAAUGCCUGUAAGGCAUUCUAUCAUCCCCACAGGAACAUUGCUGUGGAUCAGCAUAUGGUGGCUUGCAAAGGACAUACCAUUUCAAAUGAUUUCAAGUUGUUUGUGCUAGCAGACUCCAGCAAUGGGUACACUUUGGACUUUUCCGUAUACACGGGAAAGAACAACUUCCCCACAGUGCAAGGCCUCUCUUAUGACUCUGUCAUGUCACUGAUUGACAUAAAGUAUUUGGGAUCUGGAUACCACGUGUACAUGGACGAUUUCUAUACAAGCCCAAAGCUUUUCAAGGACUUGUUGGCUUUCAAGUUUGGUGCUUGUGGAACAUACCGAGAUUCCCGGAGGGACUGUCCACGCAGUGAUGUCAAUGUACUGACAAAAAAGUCCCCUGGAGGAACGUACCGCUGGAUAAGGGAUGGUCCUCUUGUUUAUGUGAAAUGGAUGGACACACAAGAGGUGUCUGUCUGCUCCACCAUCCAUGCAGCCUACACUGGGGAUACAGUAAAGAGAAGAGUGAAAUCCAGACAGGGUGUCUGGUCUUCACAGUCCUUUCCAUGCCCCUCACCUGUGGUAGAAUACAACAAGUUCAUGGGAGGUGUGGAGGAGUUCAUGGGAGGUUUCCCAGGAGAGUUGAUCCAGUAUUACACAGCACAGCACAAAACCAUGAAGUGGUACAGGAAACUCUUUAUUCACUUCCUGGAUAUUGCUGCAACAAAUGCCUACCUUCUCCACAAAGAACUCAUGCAAAACAUGCACAAGGACAGCAUGACCCAGAAGGCUUUCAGGGAGGAGCUCACUGAACAGCUGUGUGGUGUCACUCAGACACAAAAGGCUCCUGUAAAGGAGGACAGUGAUUUGCACAUUCCAGUUUGUGGGGUUGAGCUGAACACUGAUGGUGGGAAGAAGGCUCAUGCUAACCGCAAGACCUGUGCAUAUUGCAGGAAGCAUAGGGGAAAGCAAGCAAAAACCCUUUGGAAGUGCAGAGCAUGUCAUGUCUACCUUUGCCUUCUACCAGAGAGAAACUGUUUUAAUGCUUGGCAUGAUGAGGAAUGAUCUUUUCUGUAAUCUAUUGAGAUAUAACCUACAGCUGAAGAGUCCAUAUUUGUAUAGUCUUUUGGGAUUUCAAAACUGAUGGUUGUGGGGACAGAAUGCCACAAUGACAUGCCAGGCCCAUUACCUAUUGGCCAUUGUAUUUCACAGGUGGGCCAUGAGCAGUGACAAUGGGGAGGGGCAAUCAAAUGUUUGUUUGCACCUACAGUAUAUCAUCAAUAUUCAUUGUGUAGGGACACUGGUUUUGGAGAGGAAAAGGUUACUCUGAAGUUACUAAUAUUUAGUAGUGAAACCAGAGAAUUGCUGAAGGCUGAAAUCACCCUAUGUGUAGUGAACAACUAUGUUUACAAGGUUCAGAGUUCAAAAGUCUUGGCCAGAAAUAUUUACAAUGUGUUGUAAGUCUCAAGUCUGAGCACCACUGAAAGAAGGUUUUUGUAAGGGUAUCUUUACAUUUGAUUUAAAUUAAAAAUGUAUUUAUUACAUUCCUUGUAGUCUCGUGUUAUUUCUUAAGUUUUCUAGAUUAUAACCAUAUUUGGCACGUUUGCGAAGAAAUUUCGAAUCAGCCAACGGCCUGGCCUCACUGUUAAACUCAAAAACUCCGACGAGGCUACAGCUGGCAUGAAGAAGAUCUCAGCACCAUGGACAGCAUCAUCCGUUUCUAGCUGUUCGGCGAACCGCUCCCUGAC